GCGGUUUCCUAGAAACAUGAUUGCUUGCUGGUCUUGAUCUCACAGCUUUGUGAAGACUUCUUCUCUGAUAAUGUCAAGUUCAGGCUACCCUCCUAACCAAGGAGCAUUCAGCACAGAACAGAGUCGUUACCCUACCCACUCUGUCCAGUACACCUUCCCUAGCACCCGACACCAGCAGGAAUUUGCAGUUCCCGAUUAUCGCUCGUCUCACCUGGAAGUCAGUCAGGCAACCCAACUCUUGCAGCAGCAGCAGCAACAGCAGCAGCUUCGGCGCCGGCCUUCUUUGCUUUCAGAAUUUCACCCAGGCUCUGACAGGCCUCAGGAAAGGAGAACUGGAUAUGAACAGCAGUUUCAUCCAGGUCCAUCUCAGACAGAUCAUGAUUCACUGGAAUCUAAGCGACCACGUCUUGAACAAGUUUCUGAUUCCCAUUUUCAGCGUGUCAGUGCUGCUACUGUCUUGCCUUUAGUACAUCCUCUGCAGGAAGGGUUGAGAUCUGCAGAUAUUAAGAAGGACCCAGGUUUUGGAGGAAAGCAUGAGGGACCAUCUUCUCCAAUUUCUGGUCAGCCGUGUGGGGAGGACCAGAAUGCUUCACCUUCAAAGCUGUCAAAGGAAGAAUUGAUACAGAGCAUGGACCGCGUGGAUCGUGAGAUUGCGAAGGUUGAACAGCAAAUCCUUAAACUGAAGAAAAAGCAACAACAACUCGAAGAAGAAGCUGCUAAACCACCAGAGCCAGAGAGGCCUGUCUCCCCUCCUCCAGUGGAACAGAAGCACCGCAGUAUUGUCCAAAUUAUUUAUGAUGAAAAUCGGAAAAAAGCAGAAGAAGCUCACAAGAUUUUUGAAGGUCUUGGUCCCAAAGUUGAACUGCCGCUUUACAACCAACCAUCAGACACAAAAGUCUACCAUGAAAACAUCAAAACAAACCAGGUGAUGAGGAAAAAGCUGAUACUGUUUUUUAAAAGAAGAAAUCAUGCAAGGAAACAACGGGAACAGAAAAUCUGCCAACGUUACGAUCAGCUGAUGGAAGCAUGGGAGAAAAAAGUUGAUAGGAUAGAAAAUAAUCCACGCAGGAAAGCGAAGGAGAGCAAAACAAGAGAGUACUAUGAGAAACAAUUUCCAGAAAUCCGGAAGCAAAGAGAACAGCAAGAACGAUUUCAGAGAGUUGGUCAAAGAGGGGCUGGACUUUCAGCAACUAUUGCUAGAAGCGAGCAUGAAAUUUCUGAAAUCAUUGAUGGGCUUUCUGAGCAGGAGAAUAAUGAAAAACAAAUGCGUCAGCUCUCAGUCAUUCCUCCCAUGAUGUUUGAUGCAGAACAGAGAAGAGUGAAGUUUAUUAAUAUGAAUGGUCUGAUGGAGGAUCCCAUGAAAGUUUAUAAAGACAGACAAUUCAUGAAUGUCUGGACGGACCACGAGAAAGAGAUUUUUAAAGAAAAGUUUGUCCAACAUCCCAAGAACUUUGGUCUAAUUGCUUCCUACCUGGAACGAAAGAAUGUUCCUGACUGUGUACUCUAUUAUUACUUGACUAAGAAAAAUGAAAACUAUAAAGCCCUUGUGCGAAGGAAUUAUGGUAAACGCAGAGGAAGAAACCAGCAACAAAUUGCUCGUCCUUCUCAAGAGGAAAAAGUAGAAGAAAAGGUAGAAGAGGAAAAAGCAGAAAAAGCAGACAAAAAAGACGAGGAAAAGAAAGAUGAGGAGGAAAAGGAUGAGAAGGAGGAAUCUAAAGAGAAUACCAAAGAAAAGGACAAAACUGAAGUUGCCACAGAGGAAACGGAGGAAAGGGAGCAGGCCACUCCUAGGGGCCGCAAAACUGCCAAUAGUCAAGGUCGUCGUAAGGGCAGAAUCACCAGAUCAAUGACAAAUGAAGCUGCACAAGCAAAUGCUGCUGCAGCUGCAGCCACUGAAGAGCCACCACCGCCUCUUCCACCCCCACCAGAACCUUCUUCUACAGAGCCUGUGGAGACAUCCCGCUGGACAGAAGAAGAAAUGGAAGUUGCUAAGAAGGGCCUUGUGGAACAUGGGCGCAACUGGGCAGCAAUUGCCAAAAUGGUUGGGACGAAAAGUGAAGCUCAGUGUAAAAACUUCUACUUCAACUAUAAAAGGAGACAUAACCUGGACAGUCUCCUACAACAGCACAAACAGAAGUCCUCACGAAGGCCCCGUGAAGAGCGAGAUGUAUCGCAGUGUGAGAGCGUAGCUUCGACUGUGUCAGCUCAGGAGGAUGAAGACAUUGAAGCAUCUAAUGAAGAGGAGAAUCCAGAGGACAGUGAAGGUGCUGAAAAUAGUUCUGAUACAGAAAGUGCUCCAUCUCCAACUCCAGCAGAAACUGCUAAACCAACUGAAGAAACUCCAUCUGAGAGUGCUGCUCCAAAAAUGACCACUGAGGCAGCAGCAGAACAGGAAUCUACUGUUAAACCUGCAGCCAGCACAUCUCCCCCCGUAACAUCCCAAAGUGUAUCGACUGCUGAAAGUCAGACCUCUGAGCCACAGGUUAAGGAAGAAAUAAAUACUGAAGCAGAAGAACCUAUGGAGGUUGACAGUAGAAGCCAUCCAGUUGAAGCUAAGCCUGUGCUUAAUCUUCCAGUGCAUACCAAAGUUGAACCUGUAGAGACUGAAAUGAGGUUACCAGAAAAUAUUCAAGUGAAAAUAGAGAGUGAUACCAAAGAGAGAGAGGUGGAGAAACCCAAGGAGAAGUCAGAACCUGAAGAAAUGGACUAUAGUCUGUCACAGCAGGUUAACUCAGCAAGACAAGAAUCCCAUUCGGAUAAUGAUUCAAGUGCCACCUGUAGUGCUGAUGAGGAAGUUGAUGGAGAACCUGACAGACAAGGUAUCUUCAGGGAGUCAAAGCCCUCAUUGUUAAACCCAGCUGGAUCAAUACUGGUGUCACCUACAAUAAAGCAAGGGCAGAUGGACCUACAACAGCUUCACCACCGAGCAGCUGUGAUACCACCUAUGGUUUCUUGCAGUCCCUGUACUGUUCCUGUUGGAACACCAGUGAGUGGUUAUGCUCUCUAUCAGCGGCACAUUAAAGCAAUGCAUGAGUCAGCACUGCUGGAGGAGCAACGCCAGAGGCAGGAACAGCUGGACAUGGAGUAUCGAAGCUCCGUAAGCCCGUGUGGCACUUCCAAAAGCCCUAAUGUUGAGUGGGAAGGAAAACCAGUGGCCUAUAUGCCCUACGCUGAGGUCAAGCGAGCAAUAGAGCAGGAAGCACAAGUGCAAACUACAGCAGCAAGGUCAGCAUCACCAUACAGGCUGUCUCCAAGAGAAGUCAAUAAAGCCUCUCCUCAGCCUGAUAUGAAUGCAGCUCGCUAUAGUGUCCCCCCAGUUCUCCAGCCUGCUCCUCAUCAAGUAAUAACCAAUAUCCCUGAAGGAGUCCGCCUUCCUACAACCAGACCUACCAGACCACCACCACCACUCAUUCCAUCCUCUAAAACAAGUGUGCCAUCAGAAAAACCUUCUUUCAUUAUGGGAGGCUCAAUCUCACAAGGAACACCUGGCACUUACUUAACAUCUCACAGUCAAGCUUCCUAUACGCAAGAAACGGCAAAGCCAUCAGUGGGCUCCAUAUCACUUGGGCUGCCAAGGCAGCAGGAGUCAGCCAAAUCUGCUUCCCUGCCCUACAUCAAACAAGAAGAAUUUUCUCCCAGAAGUCAGAAUUCCCAACCUGAGGGACUCCUGGUCAGGGCACAGCAUGAAGGUGUUGUUCGAGGUACCACAACCAUACAGGAGGGAAGUAUAACACGAGGAACUCCAACCAAUAAAGUUUCUGUUGAGACCAUUCCUUCUUUGAGAGGCUCCAUAACUCAGGGUACACCAGCUCUGUCGCAGUCUGGCAUAGCAGCUGAUGCGCUGUUGAAGGGGACUAUUACCCGGCUAGCUACAGAAGACAGCAGCCCAGAAAAGUGCCGAGAGGAAGCUUCAGCCAAAGGCCAUGUUAUUUAUGAAGGCAAAAGUGGGCAUAUUUUAUCUUAUGAUGCUAUUAAAAAUGUUCGUGAAGGAACAAGGAGCCCAAGAACUGCUCAUGAAAUUAGUUUAAAAAGAAGUUAUGAUACAAUGGAAGGAAAUAUAAAGCAAGGAAUGUCAAUGCGGGAAUCUCCAGUAUCUGCACCACUGGAAGGUAAAAAA